GUGGGAUGUCUUGUGUAGGGAGCGCCAUUUUGUUAGCCUCCGCAGAAAAAUAAACGGGACAAGUCGGCGAUUAUUGAUUUCUGGGCUAUUGAACGCCUCCCGCCAUCAUGUGGUAUGAAAUUCUGCCCGGCCUCGGCAUCAUGGCGGCGUGUCUGAUUAUUCCCGGCGUCGCCACCGCACAGAUCCAUAAAUUCACCAACGGUGGAAAGGAGAAAAGAAUCGCCCAUGUUCCGUGGCAAUGGUACCUGAUGGAGAGAGACAAGCGGGUGUCAGGAACGGGGCGCUACUUUGACUCCAAGGGACUGGAGAACAUCCACUGACAAGAAUAAUAAGGUUAUUUGUUGUACAUUAAUAAAAAAAGUUCUAUUACACAUUAA